GUCCCCCAGCAGGUUAACAUAUAAAAUUCCCAAGGGACCAACCACCAUUGAACACAUUUUCAAAGGUCACAUGUAUGAUGUGUUGAAAAUAUCUUUGUUUUCUGCUGGGGUUUCUGUGUACAUGAUUGUUGAUUUGAAUUCCUUGGUGCCACAUCUCUUGGGGUUUCAAGCUUCUCAUCAUCAAUGCAAUGCUCUGUAAUCUGUUUCAGAAACCCAUUUUAAUAGAUAGGAUUCAGGAAUCCCCACUUCCCCAUUUCCCCAGUCUCUACUCUCUAUCUUCUCAUUAUUUACUUCUUCUAGCUAGUAGUAGAUGACAAUGUCUGAAUCCCAGACUUUUAGGCAACUCCCUGUGUUAGACAUCUCUCAGCCAUUAGACCCUUCCUCUCUCUCCUUCCUCUCUCAAGCCUGCCGACAAUGGGGCUUCUUCUACAUCACCAACCAUGGCAUCCCCAAAGCUCUUUACGACAGACUCUAUCUGCUCUCAACCAACCUCUUCAAGCUCCCUUCAGACUCCAAGCUGAAACUUGGCCCACCCUCAUGCAUAAGAACGUAUACUCCUCAUUUCAUAGCCUCCCCCUACUAUGAAGGCCUCCGAGUGUCUGGACCUGACUUCUUUGCCUCUGCCAAGAAUUCUUCAGAUGUACUCUUCGACGCACCAAAUCCUGAGUUUUGUGAGACAUUGCAGGAAUAUGGGAGAAAGAUGUCAGAGUUGGCAAAGAGAAUUUCGGAGAUUGUAUUGGAGACUUUAGGAGAUGGGUUCUACAAGAAAUACUGUGAUUCUGAAUUUGGAAGCUGCCAUGGAUACUUGAGGAUAAUCAACUACACACCGCCGGAGACGGUGGAGAAGGAAGAGGUAGAGGGGCUUGGGAUGCAUACAGACAUGAGCUGCAUCACAGUUGUGUAUCAAGAUCAAAUUGGUGGGCUCCAAAUGAGAUCGAAUGGAGGGGAAUGGGUAGAUGUAAGCCCUUGUGAAGGAAACCUGGUGGUGAACAUAGGUGAUCUGUUGGAAGCUUGGAGCAAUGGAAGGUUGAAAUCAUCCCAACAUCGGGUUGUUCUGAGGCGGUUUGUAAACCGCCUGUCUCUGGCUUUCUUCUGGUGCUUUGAGGAUGAGAAGGUGGUCUUGGCUCCUGAUGAAGUGGUGGGACAAGGGAACACAAGGAUGUACAGACCCUUUGUUUGCUUGGAUUAUUUGAAGUUCAGACAAGGCAGUGAGACAAACAAGUUCCACAGAGUCGGAUUGACUGUCAAGGAUUUUGCAAGGUCCGAUAUAAAUUGUGACAAAUGAAGGUGGAUUUCUAAGUUCAUUUUGUAAAGGUAAUAACUAUAAUGUCAAACAUCAGUACUCAUGGUCGAUCGUUAGUCGCUCUUUUUGUAAUUCAGUUGUUGCUAAACCAUAUAAAAGGUGUUUAUGGCUUUAUGUUUAAUUGUUUAUUUCUAUUUGUGGCCUUUGUGCAUGAGAAAAUGACAUAAGUGAAAUGUUUGAGGUUGA